AUGGUACUUCCAAUAAUGGUAUUGGUAUUCGUGUUUCCUGGCAUCAUCCUCUCAGAGCAGCAGCAUCUUUAUCUCGCAAGGCCAAUAUUAUCUCUCAAACCCAGCAUCUUCAUUUCACGGUCGCAGCAUCUUCAUUUCAUGUUGGGAACGUCUUCAUCUCACAGCGCUAGUAUUAUCUCUCAAGAGCCAGCAUCUUCAUUUCACGUUGGGAGCAUCUUCAUCUCACAGCUGAUCUUCAGCAUUCAUCUCUCAAAGCCAACAUCUUCAACCAUCUUCAUUUCACGUUGGGAGCAUCAUCUCACGACGCUAAUAUUAUCUCUCAAGAGCCAGCAUCCUCAUCUCACGGUGGCAGCAUCCUCAUUUCACACUGGGAGCAUCUUCAUUUCACGGUGGCAACAUCCUCAUCUCACAACGCUGAUUUCAUCUCUCAGCGCCAGCAUCUUUCUCAUACAUUUUCGUCUUGCAGCAACAGUAUCUUCAUCCUACAACACCAGCGUUUUCCUCUCACAACACCAGCAUCUUCAUCUUCCAACAUCUGCAACUUCACCUCACAGCGCCAACAUUUUCUCUGAGCUCCGGCAUCUUCCUCAUACAGUACCAGCAUCUUCACUCACACCAGCUCAUCUCACAACCAGCAUCUUCAUCUCACCAGCAUCUUCAUCUCACAACACCAGCAUCUUCACCUCACAACACCAGCAUCUUCACAUCACAACACACAUCUUCACUCACAACACCAGCAUCUUCAUUCACAACACAGCAUCUUCAUCUCACAACACCAGCAUCUUCAUCUCACAACACAGCAUCUUCAUCUUCCAACAUCAGCAUCUUCACCUCACAGCGCCAACAUUUUCUCUGAGCUCCGGCAUCUUCCUCAUACAGCACCAGCAUCUUCAUCUCACAACACCAGCAUCUUCAUCUCACAACACCAGCAUCUUCACCUCACAACACCAGCAGCAACAUGUUCAUCUCACAACCCAGCAUCUUCAUCUCACCAGCAUCUUCAUCUCACAACACCAGCAUCUUCACCUCACAACACCAGCAUCUUCAUCUCACAACACCAGCAUCUUCAUCUCACAACACCAGCAUCUUUCACACCAGCACACUCAGCAUCUUCACCUCACAACACCAGCAUCUUCAGCAUCACACAACACAGCAUCUUCACAUCUCACAACACCAGCAUCUUCAUCUCACAACACCAGCAUCUUCAUCUCACAACACCAGCAUCUUCACCUCACAACACCAGCAUCUUCACCUCACAACAAAGCAUCUUCAUCUCACACACAGCAUCUUCACCUCACAAACCACAGCAUCUUCACCUCACAACACCAGCAUCUUCACUCAUCUUCACCUCACAACACCAGCAUCUUCACCUCACAACACCAGCAUCUCAUCUCAACCAUCUUCACUCACAACACAGCAUCUUCAUCUCACAACACCAGCAUCUUCACCUCACACCAGCAUCUUUCACUCACAGCACACACAGCAUCUUCACCUCACAACACCAACAUCUUCAUCUCACAACACCAGCAUCUUCAUCUCACAACACCAGCAUCUUCAUCUCACAACACCAGCAUCUUCACCUCACAUCACCAACAUCUUCACCUCACUACACCUGCAUCUUCACAACACAGCAACACCUUCAUCUCACAACACCAGCAUCUCUUCACAACACAGCAUCUUCACCUCACAACAGCAUCUUCACUCACCAGCAUCUUCACUUCACACCAGCAUCUUCACUCACACUCACAACAGCAUCUUCAUCUCCAACACAUCUUCUCCUCCAACACCAGCAUCUUCACCUCACAACACAGCAUCUUCACCUCCAGCAUCUCAAUACACAGCAUCUUCACUCAAACACCAGCAGCAUUCAUCUCACACCACCAGCAUCUUCACCUCACAACACCAGCAUCUUCAUCUCACAACACCAGCAUCUUCACCUCACAACACCAAACAUCUUCCUCAACAGCCAUCCUCAACACAUCUUCUCCCAACACAGCAAUCCCAACACCAGCAUCUUCACCUCACAACACAGCAUCUUCACCUCACAACACAACAUCUUCUCAUACAGCACCAUCUCUCAACACAUCUUCAUCUCCCAACACCAGCAUCUUCACCUCCCAACACCAGCAUCUUCACCUCACAACACCAGCAUCCUCAUCUGGCAGUACAGCCGAGAUGAGAAUUUACGAGAUGCCACAGUAUCUGAUGUUCCUCGAGGAUGCUCUCCUCAACCCUUUUUCAUUUCUUUAG